AUGGAUAACAAAACUAAAAAACACCCGCACCAAAAACCACUCCAACUUCAAAAAAUCUUAAUUGAGUCAGUUUCUAAUCCAGGAGAAGUAAUUGUUGAUCCGGCCGCAGGUGGUUAUUCAGUGCUAGAUGCUUGCUUAUUAUCCAACAGGAAUUUUUUAGGCUGCGAUAUUGAAGGGGAAGAUGGAAGUUAUGCCAGAGUAUUUGACAACGGGCAACUGGGAGCGUUAAUAAGUAGGGUUCAGUCGGCUUCUAUCUCUUCCGGUAUUGAAUUGGAGGGACUUAUCAUAGAAAAAAGUGAUUUAUUUUUGGUUCAAACAGUAGAAGAAAUGGAAAGUUUACUCACUAAUGGCGAGAAAUUUGACAAGAAAACUUAUCUAAUUCCUAAAAAAGUAGUCAAAAAUUCUCCUAAAUUUAGGUUUAAGUACGAGCCGGAUUAUUUAAUUCUCAAAAAAGAAACUAAAACUCUUUACAUAACAGAGUUAAAAGAUGGAGAUAAUUUUGACACCAAAAAGUCAUCAGGGGAAGCAGAAUCCUUGCGACAAUUUAAAAAUCAUAUUUCCGAAAAUGUUCCUUACAAGACGCUAAUCUUAGUUUGUUGUUUUAACCAAACUGAUAAGAAAAAAAUUAUUAAAGGAUUUAAGAACAAAAUCAAGCCUGAAGAGGCUUUUACAGGUCAAGAGUUUUGCGAAUUAAUUGAAUUAUUAAAAAUUGAGGAAUGCCGAAAAAUUAUUUUAGAAAUUUUACAAACAAAAGGAGAGAGACUCUAA